CGUUUGAAUAAAGAGCAGGUAUAGCUAUUUUUGGUGUAUUUGUAUAAUUUGUAAAAUAUUCCAAGCUUUGUUCUAGGGGCGACCAAAUAAAAAAUGUAAUAAAAAUUUUAAGUAAGUACCUUAGGUAUAAUUAAGAUUAAGAUACAUAGGUAUUUACUUAAAAUAUAUUUUACGCGAAUUUCCUUUCAAAGAUUCGGCCCUGACUGAGUUUAUAAAAGGGUUCCAAUAUCAAUUUAAAUGUUAAAUCGUUCCGAACUGGUUUAAUUAAAAGUGAUCUGCGAAAUAUUUAGUGCUCUCUGAAAUGCUUAUAUUUUGGACAAUUUUAUUAGUGCUCUGCGGUGUUUCAUAUACAUUACCAGAUGAAAUCUCGGAUCUGCUUCCCCCCAUUUUUGAAAUGGACGAUUACAAUAAUUGCAACUUUAAUUUCAACAAAUAUUGCGAAAUUAAAAUCGAAUUGACGUCGUUAAAUAAUGGGACCCAAAUUUGGAAACAUAUACAGAACACAAAACAAAAUCCAAACCGAUACGAUCAAGACCUACUGAGACGAUUACUAUGUCUUCCUUCCAAUCCCGAAGAAAAUUCUAUCAACAAGUCCUUGAAAAGUGUCCAAUCAAAAUUAACCCAACAAUACGGGCACUUGGAUCUACGUUUCGACAUCAAAAAUGUUUCUUGUAAAUCCCCUGUCGAAGUUGACAUGAACGACGUUUACGAGUAUAUUUUAUACUUGACGAUUAUAAGCUAUUUAUGCUUUAUUGCUUUCGCUUCUUACAUGCAUUAUAAAAAGGGGAAAGUGAACAAAUACAUAAAAUCCUUCUCAGUUUUGCACAACUGGGAAUCUGCUUUACAAAAAAAUACGAAUCCCGAUUUUCAACGAUUAAAAUCAUUGCAAGGUAUUCGUACAAUUGGUAUGUUUUUGGUGGUGAUGUGCCAUGCCAACCUCAGUAUAGGUUCAACGUACAUUCGAAACACUAAAUAUUUAGAAGAUUUGUUUGACAAUGUUUUUGUGUAUACAAUAAUAGACUUGGAUGUACAUAUUGUCCAAAUAUUUUUCAUUAUAUCUGCUUGGCUGCUAGCCUUGCAAAUGAACGAGAUGUUGGCAAAAAAUGGGGAAUUUAAUUUAAAAUCUGUUUUUGUUGUUUUAACAAACAGACUCAUGAGAGUAUGGCCCUGCUUAGCAAUAAUGAUAGCCUUACACAAAAGCAAAUCUGGUUUCGUUUUAUAUCCAGGCCCUCUAAAUGACCAUUUAAAAAUGGACAACUUUAACUGCAACAAUAACUGGUGGCAGACGCUAUUUUUCGUUAACAAUUUGGUUCUAAAUCCAAAUCAAGUCUGUAAUAUUGGUACAUGGUACAUAUCCACUGAUAUGCAGAUGUAUGUUUUUUCUGUAUUUUUAUUUUAUUUUAUGACGAAAUAUAAACUAGGAAUGAAGACCCUAAUUUCCGUAUUUUUCACUUUUGUGGUGCUUUUUGGGGGAGUUAUUUUCUUUAAUGAUUUGGACAUGACUGUGAGUGUAGGAAUUGAAGUCUCAACUGUUGAUAAUCUGAUAAAUUCAACAACCUUAUUUUUCCUGUAUUUUAAUACAGUUUCAUGUGCCAGUACCUUCAUUUUGGGACUUAUUUUUGGGACAAUUUAUUUCAAGUAUAGAGAUACAGAUAUUUUUCAAAAUAAGAUCCUAUUGGUAUUAUUUUGGAUGUGCUGGAUUUUUCCAUUUUCAGCAGUGUGGAUAUCCAGUAAUUUUAAUUUUAGAGGGGGACUGGGGGCCAUCAUUGGGUCACUUCUAAAGCCUUUAUUUACUUUAGGAUUCAGUAUAUUUGUUUUAGGACUUUCCCAAAAUAGAGGAGGUAUUCUUAAAAGAUUUUGCGAAUUAAGAAAUUUUGAAAUAAUUGCAAAUUUUUGUUUUUGCACAUAUUUAUUCCAUUUUACCGUGGUUUUUGAAAAACUGCACACUCAAACCACACUGUUAAAUCUGUCAGUACUAUCAUUGGCUGAAAUUUUGGCUUCCGAUUUGUCAAAGUCGUUUUUGAUCGGGUUUUUUAUGUUUUUUAUUUUGGAAAAACCUGUGUACAAUUUACAGAAAAUGUUCGGACCAAAAUGCUUCUACAGAAGUAAAAAAGAAUAAAUUAUUUGUUUUACGAUAAUAAAAAAUAAAAUUAUG